AUGGACAGUCUCCGUGACCAGGGGCAAAAGGCCUGCCUCAUCAGCGCUGAUUCGGUUCAAGUGUACAGAGGUCUGGACAUCGGCUCCAACAAGCCAUCCAAAGCCGAGCAGGCCACCUCACGCAGCCCCUUGCAAGUACAACCGUUGAGUGGUGCGAGCCUGGCCCAAGUCGUGUUGCAGGAGAGGUGGCCGAUCGAGCUGAUAGCCUUGCACAGCUGGCACGUGGACAAGGGAUGCAUCGACACUGCCGUGGGCAAAGGUUGCAUGCCUAUUGUGGUCGGUGACCAGUCGGACCUACCCGUUGACAUGGCAUCCAUGGCGCAUUUGCAAGACCCGGAAGUGCAGGCACAAAUCUCCGAAGAGCUCCGGCCCUUUCAGGAUGCCAUGGAUUGGGAUGGUGCCCUGGCAUUGCUUGCAUCGGUGGAUCCGAUAAAGGCGACAGCUGUCGAGGCAACUCGAGGUGGCCAGAUCUCCGCCAAGGCAGACUGGAAGAGGCGCUGUGUGGCCAUGCUGCAAAAGGGCUUCCUUGAGGAAGUUGCGGGGGCCUCGAGAGGCUACCGGCAGGUCAUUGAGUAUCUCACGAGGCCGGAGCCACAGUACGGAGAUGCCGCGAGUUUGGUGGAGUUUGUGCGAAAGCCAGCUGCCAAGAAUGACCCUCUGGUCCUUCACACUUUCGAUUCCUGCGAGAACUAUGCCAGAUCACAGAUGCGACUUGACAGUCAUGGAACUUUGAUGAACUUCGAAUUUGGUUUGUGCAUGCUGGUCCUUCGCUUCGUGAGUUACCACGGCAAGCCCCAGGCAUUGGUUCAUGAAGGACUCAGCUUUCGUGUGGCUGGAGACGGAUCCAAGCAAUCCCGCACUGACUGGGGUCUGAGCCUUACGUGCCGCGAUGCUCACGGAGUCGAGGUGAGCAGACUCUGCGGCCUUGAUGAGUUUGACUAUGCUUCUGAGGCAGAGGUGGAUGGUGAGGUCCGACAAAUGCAGGUCCCAUAUGGCAAGGCCCCCGAGCCGCCGAACAGAUGUUCCAUUCAACACGCGUGCGCGCGACAAGCCGGAAAGUUUCCGGCAACUGCGUCUGGAGGGGAUAUUCUGCCGCUCAUCAGGCCGUUUCCCCAGGACUUCACAAUGAGACUGGACAACAAAGCUGUUCGGCUGCAGAGCAAGUUCGCUGUAAAGGCUCAGCUGGCUCGACACUUGCAGGCAGCAGGCUGUGAUGUGCAUCCGGAGACCUGGGAUGCGCAAGACUUUCUGGCCAGCCCUCCCUCUGAAAAGGGAUUGUUCUUUCUGAAACACAGCCUCGGCGUGAAAGGUACGGGUGUACACUUGUUUGAUUAUUCUGGCCUAUUGCAGCGACUAAACGAGCUUGGAAACAAAGGAUGCCGACAGUUCAUCGUGCAGCGCUACGUGUGGCCACCUGCAUUACAGAACGGGCGAAAGUGGGUGUUGAGGGCACAUGCUCUGUUACAUGGAAAAACCGACGGCAAUCUGCGGCUGUACUGCCAUAGUGACAUCAUCGCUCUAGAGUAUGGCCAGCCUUACACGGAGCAGUUGGACUUGCGCGCUGCUCACAUCAGCAACGUCGCGAAGAUCAAGCACCUGCCCAAGCCAACGCUGGUUGAUGAUUCCGAGCUUGCGCACCAAGUGCAUCGCUUGACGGAGCAGACAUUCGGAGCUGUUCUUGAGCAUGCGCCAAGGGGGCCGUUCACUCCCGAAGAAUCGGAGCUUUGUCAAGUCUUCGGGCUGGAUGUCAUCCUGGAUGCAGGCGGGAAAGCCUGGUUACUCGAAGUGAAUGACUACCCUGCGAUUGCAUCCGGCACCAUGGAGCACGUGGAGACGGCGGUCUACACUCGGCUGGCGAGGGAUCUCUUGCUUCUUGUGGUUGCUCCGAAACUGGAUGGUACAGACCCGACUCCAGGAGGUUGGUGCGAGCUGAAGUUGCCAGAGGAGCGAAAGGGCACAGUACUUGCUUCCAAGAAUAACUUACACCAGCUGCAGUCUUUCAUAGGUUGGGUUGCAACAGCAGAGGGCAGCCAGUGUGCAUGGAUCCAUGUCGUCUGGCCUGUCAGUUCAGAGCCUCGCGCGUAUGCCUAUGCCUUGGCUCAGCAUAGGUUCAGUCUUGAGGGGUCUGCUACUGUGGCCACGCAUGCUAUCCACUUCGACUACUUGCCUUCUUUUGGAUCGCAGCACUGCCCUCAGAGGUACUGGUGGGCAGAUGUCCCCAGUCAAGAAGUGUUUUGGACGGCUCGCGGUGCAGAAGACGACAGCGCGCUGCUGGCGGAUGAUGAAUGUCGUACCGAAGGUUCUGAGUCCCCGCCUAAUGCCAUCGGCGCAUGCGUAGCGGCCUGA